UCCACUUCCCUUUUCCAUCAUAUACGACAUAAAGCAGGUCAACAAAGUAACUGAAACAAGUUAGUACUUUUUUUCCCUACAUCAUGUAUAAACUCAUCGAUCAUUGUUACAAAGGUAUCUGAAAAUAAAGCCUGAACCUCCAAACUUCACCAUGAGACCAUCAUUUUCUCUUGUGAUUAUGCUACUUUCAUUCUUGCUUUCGCCAUCUUCAUCGGUUGCAUUAAUUAAAUGCAACGAUAUAGAUGGACCUAUGAAACCUUGCAUAGAUUGGAUGACGACUGGCUACAUGAGAACUGGGGUGCCUCCAGAGGCUUGUUGCAACGAGCUGUUUAAACUUGUAAGCAUGGGAAGAAACACUGAUGAAAAACAAGCUAUUUGUGAAUGUGUCAAGUCUGAAAUGCAAGAUCUGAACAUCAACGAUAUAGUAGCUCAGUCACUUCCAGGACGCUGUCAAGUGAAAUUGUCCUUCCCUGUAACCCCAAAUGUCGAUUGUUCCAAGAUAUGAUGAACCUUGGAGUGAUCUCGAGGACUUGAAUAAGAAGGAUGGAGUGCUGUCAAUCUGUCAUGAGGGAACUAUUUCCUUAUCAAAAUAAAAAAUAAAAAUAAAAAGAAGAACAAACAAAUGGUCUUGGACAUAUAAUUCCUAGACAAUCAUUCUCAAAACAUGCAAUAUUUGGCUUAGGACUACGUAUUCCUUGAUUGGAACUAUUGUAUUCCUUGUAAAAUAUCCAUUAACCUUUUGCGUGUUUUCCUAUAUAAAAAUUUCACUUUUCAGAA